AUGGAGUUCGACGACAGCACCACGUUCCGGCCGUACGUCACGCCCAAGCGGGAUUCGUGCCUCUCGGGGUUUCACUCGAAAAUCCUCACCGGGACAACCUACGCGCUCGCGUUCAUCACGCUCGUCUUAUCGGCUUACGCGGUGCACGAGACGAAGAAGCUGAACGAGAGGAUCGACGCCGAGCACGCGAAUCCGUUCUUGACGCUGAACGAAAUCGAGGCAAACAUGGGCGGGGUGUCGCUGUAUCGAGGCGCCGGGUCAUGGCACGAGCAAAAAGGAUUGGAAGCCACGCCUGCGAACAAGGGCGUGAGCGAUUGGCAAGCGGUGGCCGGUGAAGACGGACAAAUUUUCCUUCUCGGUGGAUUCGACGAUACCGUCGCGACGCUGAAGAGCGUGUACGCCUAUGACGUUCAUCGCCAAACGUACACGGCGAAGGCGAACAUGUCAGAGACUCGCGGGCAGUUCGGUGCGGGCUGGUUCACCGACGCCUCGACUGGCAAGGUGACCACCGUUAUCGUUGCUGCGGGUACGUCGGACUCCAACAAUACAAACGCGCUCCAAACGAGCGAGAAAUACAAUAUCGCCAGCGACACGUGGACCUCCGGACCAACGCUCAAGCAUGUGCACUUGGAUGGGUGCAUGGCGAGCACGGGCGAUGCCGUUUACAUGAUCGGCGGUUGGACUGCCUAUUACGACGCUGGAUCCCAAAAGGUUGAAAAGCUCACUCGUACCGGCACCGAAUGGAGCGAAGUCGCGGAUCUUCCCCUCGAACUCGGCGACUGCGCCGCUGCCAGUCUCAACGGCAAGGUUUACGUCGUAGGCGGUUACAACAACCCUGGUUGGGCAACCACGUGCACCGACGCCGGUAACGGAUGUUUCCAAAACAAACUCUACGAGUAUGAUCCCACCACGAACGCAUGGACUGAAAAGGCUCCGAUGAAACAGCAUCGAGGUGAUCUUCAGCUCGUGGCGCGCGGUGGCAAGUUGCUCGCGAUUGGCGGGGAAAUUUGGCACGCCAAGCGCGACGCAAGUGGCCACAGCGUCGACAAACUCGCUUCGCACUACGUCGAAGAGUAUUUCCCCGAACUCAACCGAUGGGAAGCUCGCCAACCGCUCGGAACCGCUCGUUUCCGUUUCGCCGCGGCGACGUCUGAGUGGGGCACGCACGUCUUUGGCGGUUCAUCUGUGUGCGCCACGCCGACUGGCACCUACGACGAGUGCCACGGCUAUCAGCACAAGAGCCACGAAGUUUACUUCGAACUCUCGCAUCCGAACGUGUACGUGAACUUUGACUCUUCACACACCUACUAG